AUGGCGGCCAGCAUCCCGACACCAAAUCUACAAGACAUCCAUGAUUGCUUCCUGGAGCUUGCGGAGAAGGCGGGGGAGAUGAUCACAGGCGCAAAGCCGCUGGUCAAUGCCGCGGGAUCAAAGAAGAACAGUACGUCUAGAUAUGGAUGGAUGCUCAGAUCUAGUGACGGAGACAGACCGCGCCGUAGAAAAGAUGGUGUCAACGGAACUGCAGAGGAGAUAUCCGCAUUACGAGUAUGUGGACGGGUGUUUGUUUCUCUAUUUGCUGGCUGGCACUGCAUUGCCACUGACGCGAGAUGGUCAAUAUCUAGAUUCUUGGGAGAAGAGACUUACCAGCCGGGAAUGCGACUGACCAACGCACCCACAUUCGUUGUUGAUCCAAUCGACGGGACUGUAAACUUCGUCCACGGCUUCCCCAACGCCUGUAUUUCGUUGGGCUUCGCCAUUGACCGGCAGCCAGUGGUGGGUGUUGUAUUUAACCCGUUCACCAACAUGUUAUACAGCGCCAUCCGUGGCCAGGGGGCAUUUCUCAACCGCACCACCCGGCUGCCGCUCAAGGGAGAUGCUAUCGAGCCUCUGAAGGGGCUUUCCAACGCGCUGGUGGGCGUGGAGUGGGGAUCGGAUCGCAGCGGGCAGAACUGGGACACGAAGAUCCGCACGUUCGAGAUGCUGGGCAAGACGCGGGAGGAGGGCGGCGCGAUGGUCCAUUCGAUGCGCAGCAUGGGAUCCGCGGCCUUAAACCUGUGCGCCGUCGCUGCAGGGUUCAUGGAUCUCUACUGGGAGGGCGGCUGCUGGGCGUGGGACGUGUGUGCAGGUUGGGUGAUUCUCACGGAGGCGGGAGGCAUCAUGGUCGACGGUAACCCGGGCGGCUGGAAAGCAGAGGUCGACGGCCGACAGUAUCUCGCGAUCCGGGCAUCGAAGAACGGCGAGGGGCAGCGAGAGACUGCCACGGAGUUCUGGGGCUUUGUCAAGGGCAGGUUCAGCUAUGGUCAGUGA